UAAUUAUGUAUUUUCAUAGCUGUAUUUCAUUCUGGUUAACUUUUCGUUUACGCUACGUGGAAUAAUUUCCAUUGAUUGUGUUAUUUUCCAUCAAAGUGAAAAGUGGAAGAAAGAACAGUAAUAUAAUAAAUUUUACCAGAAAAAUGCUCAUGCUAUCUAUAUAAAAGAUAUUUAAAAUGGAGAAGCAGAGUAUUUUAACAUCGAAGUCAUAUCAACGUGCUAAAACAAACUUGCAAGACAAAUUAAAAUUAGCAUUUUUGAAACAUUACCCUCAUUAUUUAGUACCUGGAUAUAAUUUACAUAGCACUUUCCCUGCAGCUGAUUCUGAGUUGGAAAAUGUUAUAGAACAGUACCAAGAAUAUCCUUAUCAUUGUGACUUACCAAAGCCUUUACUACCACCUGCUAAAGUUCCUAGGAAUAUGUUGAAUGAAGAAGAUCCCGCAUUAGAAUUAGUUACUCUUAAGAAUUAUGUGAACAGUGAUAUAGAAAGAAUGAAACACUAUUAUUUAAAACAUGAGAAAGAGUUAAAACUAAUACAUAAGAAGGACAUAAAAUGGAAUCAUACGAAAGGUGAAAUUACUGCCAAGAUACCUAAAUAUGUAGCAGAUAUAGCAAAAAUUAUUGACAAAGAUCCAGAUCCUUGUUUUGAAGGAGUCUAUAAUUGGUAUUAUACUGGAGGAUCAAUAGACUGUGUACAAUUAUAUAAUAAAAAUAUUUUACUUUUUCCAUUUAUGGGAGAAUUAGUAAGUGUUCCCCUUGACAAUAUAGAAGAUUUUUUAUGGAAACCACUCUUCGAAAAGGCAGCUAAAUGUGAACUCAGUGGUACAUUAUAUGAAUUAAAACAUAACGUCAAUGUUGAUGCAUGUAUGUUUUUAGGUAGAUAUAAACGGCAUUGUAAUUUUUAUACAUUAUCUGAACGUGAUAAUAAAUGUAAGCUUACUGACGUACAUACACAAACAUCGAAGACACCAUAUAUUGGUGCAGAUUUAAGUCCUAUUAAUGCAAAUCAAUAUUGUUUAGUAAAUGUUGAAAGAUGUGUAACAUUAUGGGAUAUAGUUAAGAUGAAACCAAUAAAUUGUAAUACUGUAAUGCAAGCCACUGUGUUAGAUGAUUCAUGGAGCAGUAUAAAAUUUCAAUCCGCAGAUCCUAAUAUUCUUUUACUUGUAGAUAGAUGCUGUCUUCAUUAUCUUGAUGUUCGGGUUCCAUUUGAUCAACCAGCAUUAACAAUGUGCCCAAAAUUUUAUUUGGAAAAAUGUGAACAUCUUUCAAUAGAUGUUGCUAGUAGAAAUAAUUUUUGCAGGUAUAUAGGAACUUAUCAUAGUAUGUUAAUGUGUGAUAGUCGUUCUCCGCAGCAGUGCGUGCAACAGAAAUGGACUCAUCAAUUUAAAAGUCCACCACUUACAAGUUCUGUCAUAGCUAGAGACGAUAAAGAAUUUGUUGUUUUAUCCAGUCAAAUUGCUGGUGAAACUACAGUCAUUGUAAAUACUUGGACAGAUAAUGAAAUUCCACAAUCAUAUAAUUUUCCAUAUACUCCUCCUCACAUUAAAGAAACAUUAAAUGAAUCUCAAAUACAAGGAAUGUGCUUAAAUCCAUAUUUGAGAGAUAGGUUUGAACUAUCCAAUACUGGUUCUUCUCUGAUAAAAAAUGACACUCAGAAUAUAUUUCUAUUUCUUCAAAAUUCUAUUGGUGACAUAUAUUAUCAGUGCUUAACACAUGAUAUUGCGUUAGAUAAAUAUUCACCUAUCAAUGGUAAAUCAUACUGUAUAUUGAAUGCUUGGCAAAAUGCAGUAUCCAUAGAAACAGAUGCUAUAGCACCUCUUACAAUGUCUAGCAAGUCAAAUAUGCAUUAUCCUUUUAAAAGUUUCACGAAUAAAAAGUUACGAUUGAAGCAUAAGCAUGACUCAGUUGACUGUUUUGAACCAAGUUGGAAGCAAUCUCUUGAAAAAUUAAACACCUAUAUGGAUAUAUUAGCACCUGAACUUUUAGCUGUGUGGGAAAUAUAUGAAGAAGUCCCAUUGCCUUUAACAGCAGCACCUCAUCAAAAAGUUCUAAACUGGUUAGAAUCUGCAGAUACAAAGGCACCAAUUUUAUCACAAGAAGAAAUAGAGAAUGUAUCUACUCCAAUUAAUACUCAAGAAUUAAUAAGUGUAUCUCAAGAAGUAGAUAUAAGUUAUUUGGAUGACAGUAAUGCAUUACAAGAUCUUUUACCAAAAGUUAAAACUACACGUUCUACAAAAAGGGGAAGUGUACGAAAAAGACAAAGAGUGUAAAAUAUUUUAAAAUAUGUAUUUAUGUAAUUGCAAUAUCUGAUACUUAUUUUUUUAUCUGAUAAUUAUUAUAUCUGAUAAUUAUAAUAUCUGAUAAUUAUUUUUUAUAAUAAAACAAAAUAUUUCGACAUAUGAA